CGUCCCGCCCAUGCUGGAAGGAGUAGCAAGAAGACUUCUGCUUACCUGUCAGUUGUAAUAACUGCCAAAUUCAUGUGUUAAAUCUUGAAUUGGGGAUUUGUAAGUCAGACCCCUGUCCUGACAGGAGGAAGCAUCGAGAGCUGAAGCAUGGACAGCCAGGGGAGAAAAGUGGUGGUCUGUGACAAUGGGACAGGGUUCGUCAAGUGUGGUUUCGCUGGAUCCAACUUCCCCGACCACAUCUUCCCCGCCAUGGUGGGCCGACCAAUCAUACGAUCGACCACCAAAGUGGGCAACAUUGAGAUAAAGGACCUGAUGGUGGGCGAUGAGGCCAGCGAAUGCCGCUCAAUGCUGGAGAUCACCUAUCCCAUGGAGAACGGCAUGGUGCGCUCCUGGGACGACAUGCUCCACCUGUGGGACUACACCUUCGGCCCCGACCGCCUGGACAUCAACCCAUCAGAAUGCAAGAUCCUGCUGACUGAACCGCCCAUGAAUCCCACCAAAAACCGCGAGAAGAUCGCAGAGGUCAUGUUUGAGAAGUACCAGUUUCACGGCAUCUAUGUGGCCAUUCAGGCUGUGCUCACUCUGUACGCGCAGGGUCUGCUGACUGGUGUGGUCCUCGACUCGGGGGAUGGUGUCACCCACAUCUGUCCGGUGUACGAGGGCUUUUCUUUACCCCACCUCACACGCAGGCUGGACAUCGCAGGACGUGACAUCACACGCUAUCUCAUUAAGCUCCUGCUUCUCCGCGGCUACGCCUUCAACCACACGGCCGACUUCGAGACUGUGCGAAUGUUGAAGGAGAAGCUCUGCUACGUCGGGUACAACAUCGAGCAGGAGCGGCGUCUGGCUGAGGAGACCACGUACCUGGUGGAGUCGUUCACGCUCCCUGACGGCCGGCAGGUGAAGGUGGGUGGAGAGAGAUUCGGGGCCCCUGAAGCUCUCUUCCAGCCUCACCUCAUCAACGUGGAGGGGGUCGGAGUGGCCGAGCUGCUGUUUAACACCAUCCAGGCUGCAGACAUCGACCUCAGGGCAGAAUUCUAUAAACACAUCGUCCUGUCCGGAGGGACCACCAUGUACCCCGGACUUCCAUCCAGACUAGAGCGGGAGAUCAAGCAGCUCUACCUGGAGAGGGUGCUGGACGGAGACACUCAGAAACUAUCAAAGUUUAAGAUCCGCAUCGAGGACCCUCCCCGGCGUAAACACAUGGUGUUCCUGGGCGGCGCCGUGCUGGCCAACAUCAUGAAGGACAAGGACUCCUUCUGGCUGAGCCGCGACGAGUACCAGGAGAAAGGUCUGGGAGUGCUGCAGAAACUGGGAGGAGGAGUCAGAUAAAAACAAAACUUGUAAAGGGAAACCCAAAUAUUUCAAUUUUAAAAAAUAUCAACAUCUCACCUCUCGUAGCCUGGCACGCUGGAUGAAAAGCUCGAUGUUCUUCACAGAAAAUGGCGCCUUUUUAUUCCUGCUAGAGCUGAAAAAAGUUUUAGAUUAAUCAAUUAGGAGACUGAAGAAAAAAAUUAAUAAUCUAAUAUCAGAAUAGAUUUAUAAAGCUUUUCUCUAUCAUUGUAAAGUGAACGUAUUUGCGUUUUGGAUUUUUUUUUACAUUUUAUAGACAAAACAAUUACUUGAGUCUUUGCAAAAGUACUUAACAGAUUAAUUGCUUUUAUAAUUUUUUUUUUUGCAGCUUUAAUUCAUGCUGAGGUGACUUUUUAUAAAGAACAUCAUAUUUAAGUAUCCAUUCAUUUUCUUGUUACUUCCAAAACAACUGAUCAGAAUUAUUAUUAGCAUUAUUUUACCACAAACAGUCCAGCUCCAUAUUGUGUUUUUAUGAAAGAUGACUGGAAAUAAUGAGAAAGUUAUGCUGGAAACUUCACUGACUGAUGUAGAAUAUGUGAAAUGUUUAAAACGGUAAAUAAAGAUUAUAAAGAUGA